AUGGCGAUCACGCAGCAAUCCUCAGCACUCGACGGAAAAGAGCCCCAGCGCAUGAAAGGUGUUGAUAAAUACCUUCAGUCACAGGGAGCGUACACUUUUUCCACCCCCGUUAGCGGAAAGCACUCUGGCGCUCUGAUGAUGAACGGCAACUCGGUUGACAAGGCCACUGUCAAGAAUGAGCCAGGCAUGAGCUACGUUCCCCGCAGCAACAAUGAUGCUACUCAUCCUUUGUCUUCCAAAUAUGACUACCACACUCUGCUUGGACAGAAACUGCAGAGCAUCCCUGAGGACUUUGCCGUGGCCGGAUUCUCCCAGGUCAACGUCGCUGCUGGAGACCCGAUCAUGCCGCUGGGCUCUCGUAACAUACGAAUCCCGGCCAACUUAGUCGAUUCGUUUAUCUUGGCAGAUGCUGGUCCCACCGCUCCCGUCUUCGAGCUUCCCCAGGCCCCGGCGCAAGCUUCCAGUGCUCUUGCUGGAGCCUUCGACCAUGCUUAUGUCGACAAGCUGCAUUACUCCGAACACCAUGGCUAUGCUGUGCCUUCUGGCUCUCAUGGCGUCUCUGUCAACCAUCUGUCGGUCGGCAUCAAGGAUGGGUUAGUCUCGUCUGAGCUGAUCAAGCCGACUAGCCUCGUCAUCCCGGCUGCUGUCACUGAAGCUGCUGUUCCCAACGCAGCGGCUCCAAAAGCUGUCACCAAGCAGAACAGUGGCAUUGAUUCAAAGCGAGGCCACAACAACGACUCAGACUCUAGUGGUUCAACUACCUCCCACGCGUCCAGUACCCCCAACAAAGGCGUCAAUCACGAAGAGCAGAAUGACUCGGAAACUAGCGAGGCGACCGGCGAGGAGGCUCCAGAGGACUCUCACUCGGGCCACGAUUCUUCCGAUGGAGAGUCUCCCGAUGGAGAUUCCUCCGACGAGGAGUCAUCAGACGACUCUUCCGACGAAGAAGACGAUGCGACCCCUGGCCUGGCCAGAGUUCGUGCCCUCAACCUUUCUCCGGGCCUCGCUUUCGUUAGGGCCACCGACGGCAAAACUCGAUGGCCUUGCAACCAAUGCCAUCGCGACUGGUCCCGCAGAGACGAGACUCGUCGCCACUUGCGCAAUGUCCACUACCCCAGACUGUACAACCGAGACAUUCCGAUCCAGAAGGGCUUGGAGCAGGCCAGACUAGACUGUCCCUGAACGCUGCCCUAUCGCUUUGGGUUCAGUAUGCAGCUGUUACCUAUGAGACCACAUCCUGUCUCCCCAUCAGAAGUUGCCGUUUAGUUCGCGUAUAGCAGUAGCUGUGGAAUAAGAAGCCGUCAUUAUGCUCCCGAUCUUUGUUCAUUGUGCUUUGUUGAUGCGCAAUGUCGUGCUGGUUUGUGAGGAUUUAU